UUCUACCUCCCUCCUUGCACCGAGAGCCGAGCCGCCUCUUCCUUUCUCACUCGCAAAAAUGUCGUCUUCCUCCUCGAGCCGAAAGGGUUCGCUCCCGGGACGGGGCGACGGCGGCGGUGGAGGCGAGGGCGUGCUGUCCCGCGUUUCAAGCUCCGUAUCCCAGUCUGCGAUCGUCGCGCGGGGCAGGAUCGCCGCCGCCGAGGCUGCCACCGUGACUAAGAAGCUCCUUCGUAGCACCGGGAAGGCCGCGUGGAUCGCCGGCACCACCUUUCUCAUCCUCAUCGUCCCGCUUAUCAUCGAGAUGGACCGUGAACAACAGCUCAACGAGUUGGAGAUGCAGCAGUCCGCCCUCCUCGGCGCCCCCCCGCCGCCGCUGCCGCCCCAAACGCGGCACGCCUGA